AUGAAGCCCUCGACUCACCUCCUCACCGCCGCCUCCUUGGCGGCCGUGGCCCUGGCCGGCCCCGUCCCCCUCGAGUCGCGCGAGAUGAAAGAGCCCAAGCCGGACGGCCAUGCCAUCCUGCUGGAGUGGAUGUUCGACGGGAAGCCCGCCGGCGGGCUCGACGACAUCACCUUUCCCAUAAACCUGGCCGAGGCGAACCCGAAGGAGGAGUACUUCUUCGGCCAAUCCGUCUCCUUUGACAAGCAUGACAACAAAUACGCCUACAUUGGCAUUCAGACAAGGGACAAGGACCACAACAUCCACGCCGCCUUUUCGAGCUUCCAAGCCGGCACGACGUCAUCGCACGCCAACUGCAAAGACACGGCCGACCUGCGACCAGGCGUGAGCUGCGCCGUCGACAUCAAAGGGGACUACAGCCACAUCUACCACCUCAACAUUAAGAGAACGGGAGCGUACACGUGGAGGGGAAGCAUCAUCGACUCGGUGACGGGCGAGUCGACCGUCAUCGGCGAAUGGACGCUGCCUGAGUCGACGGGGUUGAUGAGCAGCCGCCGGACCGGCUUCGUCGAGUACAUACCGCAGAGCAACGGCCGGGGGGAUUCCACGUGCAUCGGCCUGCCGGCCGUCGCCGUCACCUUCGGGAACCCGACGAGCAACACGCCAAACUGCGGCUCGGCAACGUAUUCGCAGGUGAACGGGAUGGGCCGGUGCAGUGGGCAGACGGAAAGCUUCACGUCACAAAACGUCACCAACGGCGUGAACAUCCAGCUGGGCCCGGACCAGAGCCCGAACAAGGCGGUGGCGAUUCCGGACUCGUCGGCAACCUCGCCGUCACCUGCGCCGCAGCCGCUGCAGUCGGAGAACCAGGGGGGCAAACCGCUUGGGAACGGCGUGGACAAGGAUCCGGCGGACCCACCGGCAACAUCGCCGUCACCCGCGCCGCAGCCGCAGCAGCCAGAGAAGCAGAGGGGCCCACCGCUUGGGAACGGCGUGGAAGAGGAGCCGGCCGACGCGCGGGAGGCGAAUCCCUCCAACGGACAGCCGCCACAGCAAGGGAACCAGAGGGGCCCAUCUGCUGGGACCGGUAAGGGAGACGGCACAGACAAGUCGACGCUGCCAUCUCCACCGGCCGCGAAGCCCGCGCCGUCCCGGUACGGGCAGACGCCGCAGCCCGAGGAUCUGAAGGACGGCAACGGCCUGGGAGCGGGAGAGGAACCGAACGAAUGCCCGGCCGAGUACGAGGACUACUAG